UUAGUAGUCAAAUAGCUUUAGCUGCUGCCAGCGACACACCGUCAAACAUCUUGACGGUGCUUCUUGCAAGCCGUCUGCCUGCCCAAGAGGCUGCUAUUAUCUUUCUGGUCUAGUUGUCUGCCGGUGGCAUCUGUUGGACCAAAGCUGAAGCGCAGGCAGCGGGAGAGGAUGGGGCGAUCGCCCCUACGGCUGUUGCAAGGCUACGUAGUCCUUGCAACGCUCCUUGGGACGUUAGCAUGGCAAGGAUUGGCAGAGGACGAUCCAGAUGCCGGAGUUGACCCCACCCUUCCAGGGGGUGAUGUUGCGGCGCUUAGCCGCUUCCCCUUUUGCCAGUGCCAGGACUACCGCUGCUCAUCGGCGCCAUACCGGGUGACUUCCAUUGACUCCCCAACCGGGCGGACUGAUGAGCUUUGCUACCGGAUAGAUCGCGUGGGUUGCAGUCAGGUGAACCCCUGCUGCAAAAUGCUGCUGGACAGCCUUGGGAAGGUCGAGUUCUCCGUCGAUGCUACUUGUGAGCCUGACUACUUGGGCGCUUACGUGAACGGAGCAAAACGGAAUUCCUACUUCGACACGAUCUUUGCAACUGGCAAGAUUCGUGUCACGCCGCUCGCCAUGAACGUUACUACCGCCACCAACGCCACAAUCUGCCUGCGCUUUAAGGCGAUCUCCAAUUGCCUUACAUAUGAUAAACUGUGCGACAACUCAGCGGGCGCCUGCACAUACGCCGUCUUUGAGAGCAGCCAGCACCAGUGCUGUCCAACCUGCGCCCAGACGCUCCCGCCGCCUCCACCCAUCAAGCCAGCUGUUCGCCAACCGCCAUCGCCGGCCCCGCCACCUUCGCCUCGGCCACCCCUGGCGCCACUGCCGCCUCCCUCGCCAUCGCCGCCACCGCCAUCGCCUCCUCCUCCCCCUCCUCCACCGCCGCCCCCGCCGCCACCUCCUCCUCCCCUGCCGCCCCCUCCGCCGCCGCCGCCACCUCCGCCGCCUCCUCCUCCGCCGCCGCCUUCGCCUCCCCCUCCUCCUCCCCCACCACCGCCUCCUCCGCCACCGCCGCCUCCCCCUCCCUCGCCGCCUCCACCGCCGCCGCCGCCACCGCCACCCCCUCCGCCUCCUCCUCCUCCCUCGCCGCCACCCCCUCCGCCUCCCCCUCCUCCACCCCCGCCGCCGCCACCACCCCCACCGCCGCCUCCUCCUUUCCCUGAUGCCGUUCGGCCAGAGUCCCCCAAGUGCGACUGCAUCUCGUCCUUGAUUCCCUCCACCUCUCGUUUUCGUUUGGAGUAUGACCGCUCCAUCAGCACGGCCGAGUACGUCACGUACCAGUUUAACCUUUACGUGAUCCGCCCUCAGGAUUGUUGGGAUUCUGGGUAUCGCACCGGCAGCUGCUGCAACCAAACGCUGAUUAACAUUGGCCUGAGCUUGCAGGACACGCUUACCCUGAGUGACUUCGGCAACGUUACGUUGACAACCGAUACAGGCUCCGUCAUGCGGGUUUCAAAGCAGCGCACCUUCUGGGGCAUCAACCUCUACCCCAACGACGUCACCCAAAGCCGCUACGACCCGUCAUCACUCUACGUGUCGAACUUCACUUCCGGCAAGCCCUGGACGCUCUCGGUGCCAAUUUCCGUUACCGCCGACCCCUCCCCGCAACCAAGGAAGUGGCCAUGCAAGACGUCGCGCUACCUGCCAAGCGACUCGAACGUCUGCGACAUCUCCCUGAAUGGUUACCAGACUGUCGCAGGGGAGCCAAGCAAGAUCUUGAACAUCACAGACUAUGAGAUUCCGAACUGCUGCCCUGAGGGUAUCGUGCGGUUCCGCAAGGACGACGUCUGCUGCGUGGAUAACUUGGCAGAUAACCCGUAUCGUCUGGCUUACAACGCCACUGCCGAUCCGGGCGCGAACAAGACGGCGCUUGCCUUCCAGUUGACCUAUGUGGGCGCGACGGCCGUAACCGUUGAUGGCAUUCCGGAUCCCAUGCAGCCCAACUGCUCGGUUUCGGAGGUGGAUCAGAUCAUGUUGUACGUCAAUCCAGAUGUGAUCAAUUCUGUUCACCAGGUCACGGUCGACGGCGUUGAUGUGGACUUUACGCGGUCCAGCAACGCCCACCAGGCCUGGAUCCGCGUGAUCAACCUCCACAAGACCAACCCUUCGCCUUCACUGUUGGAGGUCUUCAUUGGCCAGGACGUCACCGCUGACCAGGUCUGCACGACCAAGGUGGCCGAGAACCACUUGUGCGAGUAUGUGCUCAAGGGCGCAUACGACAACACUGCCGAGGACUUCAUGUGUUGCCCAUACGGCGCAACGGCUGUCAGCAGCGCCGGUUGCCCUGCGUAAGCACACUGUAGUACCGUUGCGUGUUCCUGUCUUGAGGAGUGUGAGUUAUACCCUUUGGGGCACGGCUGGUUUGGCUGUGUUUCGCAUGUAGGUGAUGGGCGCGUGCGAAUGUCUUGGCGAUUAACAGUCGUUAGGACAGAGGUCACGUGGAAUGCAGGGCGUGCAGGGGCAGAUUGACUAAUCUUUGUCCCUACAGGUGCGGCACGGCGUAACUGGCAGAGGGUGUAGUAUUUUUAUGGCCGUUAUCAGGGAUGUAUGUAUGGUAGGCCUUGAGGUUCGGCACGCGCAUAGUGGUGCAGAGCCGUCGAAGCAUAGCGUCCUGAAUGAAUGGUAAUAGGUGGUGCUGCGCAGCGUUGGUGCAUGGAGCUGCAUAGGGCUUCGGCCGCACAAAGGGGGUAAUCUUGUCUCUUGCUUUCAUAAAUGACCGCGUACCUUUUAUGUUACCGAGGGGUACAGCAACUAGAGGCCCAUGCUUCCGGCGCCCCUCAGGAACAACUAGCCACCGCAUACCGCUGGCCAUUCUAGACAAUAACGUUAUUCCCCUAACAUAGCGCACGCUAAUGUGCUCUCUAGACCUGACUUUAUGACGUAUUUGUUUGGGUUGAGCCAACAGCCCACUUGGCAGGUUGUAACAGACCUGAAUUAGUGCUUGCCGCUUCGCCUCCGCGUGUAUGUAUCGUACCAGCACGAUGCGUUUAACUGCCCACGAC